AAUAUAAGCCAUUAAACACUUAUCUACAAUUACAAUAAUUGAGUAAUUUCAGUUCAUUCAUGGCGUAUUUGAUGAUCAAGAAGUCUAUCUAUUUGUUUUUUGAUCAACCAACUGCAGUUGGCACUCUUAUACUUGCUUUUCUGCUGACACUUUCGCCUGUUAUUAUUUACUAUGAACAGAAGAAGAGGGGUUUGAGGCGAAAUCGCACCGCAAUUACAACGACUCCAUUACCAGAGGCAUCAGGUGCAUGGCCAGUGAUAGGUCAUCUUCUUCUUUUCAUGAACGAAAACGAUCUAAAUCAUGUAACUCUUGGUCACAUGGCUGAUAAAUAUGGACCUAUUUUCAGCUUAAGAUUCGGUAGACAUAGAACUCUAGUUGUUAGUAGUUGGGAGAUGGUAAAGGAGUGUUUUACAGGUACCAAUGACAAGUUGUUCUCAAAUCGUCCUUCCUCCUUGGCGGUUAAACUUAUGUUUUAUGACACUGAAUCUUAUGGUUUUGCACCUUAUGGGAAAUACUGGAGAGAGUUGCGAAAGAUAUCUACACACAAACUCCUCUCUAAUCAGCAAUUAGAGAAGUUCAAGCACUUGCGGAUUUCUGAAGUCGAUAACUCCUUUAAAAAGCUUCAUGAGUUAUGCAGCAACAACAAACAGGGAGGUGAUACUACAUAUGUGGCUAGUCUUGUGAGAAUGGAUGAUUGGUUCGCGUACUUGACAUUUAACGUAAUAGGACGGAUCGUCAGCGGAUUCCAAUCAAAUGCAGUGGCAGGUGCCACAAACAGCCAGGAAAAAUACAAGCUUGCAAUCGAUGAAGUGUCAAAUCUUAUGGCAACGUUUGCCGUUUCAGAUGUGGUUCCACGGCUUGGGUGGAUUGAUCGAUUGACUGGUCUUACAGGAAAGAUGAAGAAUUGUGGUAAAAAAUUAGAUGCAGUAGUUGGGGAUGCAGUGGAGGAUCAUCGCCAAAAGAAACUCAAAAUUUCUAGAAAUAACACAGGAGCACUUACGGAGCACGAAGAAGAAGACUUUAUCGAUGUUUGCUUGUCGAUUAUGGAGCAGUCACAGAUUCCGGGAAACCACCCCGAAAUCUCUGUCAAAUCUAUUGCCUUGGACAUGUUAUCGGGUGGGAGUGACACUACAAAAUUGAUAAUGACAUGGACCCUUUCUUUGCUGUUGAACCAUCCAGACAUAUUGGACAAGGCUAAAGAAGAAGUAGAUACAUACUUCGGGAAGAAAAAGAUAUCGGAUAACACACCUGUGGUUGAUGCUGCCGAUGUUCCUAACCUCGUCUACAUCCAAGCAAUCAUCAAAGAAUCAAUGCGGUUAUACCCUGCUAGCACAUUGAUGGAGCGAAUGACAAGUGAUGAUUGUGAUGUUGGUGGCUUCCACGUACCAGCUGGGACACGAUUAUGGGUUAACGUAUGGAAGAUGCAACGGGACCCAAGGGUGUGGAAAGAUCCACUGGUAUUUCUACCUGAGAGAUUCUUGAGCAAUGACAAAGGGAUGGUAGAUGUGAAGGGUCAGAAUUAUGAACUGAUACCAUUUGGAACAGGCAGGCGGAUAUGUCCUGGUGCAUCUUUUGCCUUGGAAGUCUUGCAUUUGGUUCUUACUCGUCUUAUUCUUGAGUUCGAGAUGAAGGCACCAGAGGGGAAAAUUGACAUGAGGGCAAGACCAGGUUUUUUCCACAACAAGGUGGUGCCACUAGAUGUUCAACUCACCCCACGCACACUAGAUUAAGAUUCCUAUAUAUGCUAAUUAAUUAGAUGAAUAAAAUCUGUGGUCGAGUAAAUCUAAUUAAUGCUAAUGAACAAGAUGAAUAAAAAAUUUUCUUUCUGCUUUUGCUUUGGUUAGGGUUAUUUGACCCUCAUUUGGUUGUAUUCGUUGGCGCACAACUUUUGUGCUUCUUAAUAUAAUUCCUUUUGGUGGAUCAAACAAA